CAGUAACGCAAAUAGUAGAACAUCAGGAAAAUGUACAAAUAGACUGUCAAAUUACAAACAGUCAUAACAUUGUACAUAAUGAAAGGGAAAUGGCUAUUGAAACAGAUGAAGAAAUUGCAGUUACAAAGCCUAUAAAUUUUAAACAUAUUAAAGAAGGUAAGAAUCUGUAACUGCUUACAUACAUCUCUAUUUUUAUAUAAAAAAUUUUAUCCAAUUUUUGUUAAUAUAAACAUUACAGCUUUUAUGUCUUUUUGCCACAGGAAUACUAACUAAGAUUUUUACAAUUAUUGAAGAAGUAAAAUUUGAAAUGACUACAAUAAGAAAAAAUCAACAAGAAAUAAAAGGAAAAAUAGAUGCUUUAGUAGCAACAAAUAACAAUAUAAGGAUAAAUAAAUUCAGUCACCUACUUCCAAUCACCUCUUUAGAAUCUUUCAACGAAAUUGAUAACUCUUUGGCAAACUCUCAAGAAGACUUUGCAUCUUUGAUAAAAUAUCUCAAUUUUGCAUCUGGAGAUACAGUAAACCAACUGGUGCCAUCGGUAAUGAAAAUUAUUAUGAAAAAAACUGUUUCCAUACACUUUAGUGGUUGCGGGAAGAAAAAGAAACUCGACUUUUCUGCUACAAAAAUUGCUGCUGCAGUUUUUGAAAUAGUAUCAAGGAAAUUGCCAAAUGCAACAAGAGAUGAAACAUUCAAAAAAAUGUCAAAGUUUCUUGCUGAAAGCGGAGACAGAGAAGGAGGAAGAAAAAACAGGUCCAACUCAUCAGCCAAUUAAUCUGAAGUUUCUUCAGUUAUUUAUUUUUGAAAUAUUAUUUUUUUUCUUUCAUGUUCAAUUCAAAAUUUUUUUUUAAUGCUUUUAAAUUUAAUGAUAACAGUGAUAUAAUUUCUGUUCUUCCUUUUACUAACACUCAUUGUUUCUAAUGUUUAUUUGUUUAAGAGAGUGUAAGAAUAUUGCAUUUUUUAUGUUAA